AUUUGAUCUAAUUGAUAGAGAGAAACCACCAUGGUUGAUGCAGCACUAAUCAGUGGUAUGCUUUUAAACUUGGCACCACUGAUUAAUGAUGAGUUCUCAUUGUUUUGGAGUUUUAAGAAGGAGGUUCAAAAGCUAUUGAGCACGCUAUCUUCAAUUAAUGCCGUACUUGAGGAUGCUGAGAUAAAGAACAUGCGGGAGAAGGACAAACAAAUGGAAGAUUGGUUGCGAAAACUCAAAGUUGUAGCAUAUGAGGUUCGGGACAUUAUGGAUGAGUGCAGAUUUGAAGAUCUUCGUCUACAAGUCAAAAGACUUAAUGCCUCCUCCUCUUCAACCCGGAUGCAGGUAACCUACUCUAUCACCCAACCUUUUAGCAAUACUUGGACGCGUCUAAAAAUUGGUCACAAAAUUAAGGAUGUUCAAGAGAAACUAGACCAAAUUUCUUCUGAGCGUGAAAGGUUACAUUUGCGUGAAUAUAUUCACAGAUCAAAUACAAAGACGUAUAGUGAUAGUUGGCGUGAAUCCAUAUCGGUUUCUACAUGUAGCCAACUAUAUGGAAGAGAUAGCGAGAAAAAAAAGAUUGUUGAUAUGUUAGUCAAUACAUUUAGUGUUGCUGCUAAAAACUUAUCUGUCAUGCCCAUUGUUGGGAUUGGGGGUCUAGGUAAAACAACAUUGGCCCAAAUGGUCUUUAAUGACGACGAGGUUACUAAGCAUUUCCAUCCAAAAAUUUGGGUAUGUGUUUCUGAGGAAUUUGAUAUAAAGUUGGUGCUCAAAGCUAUCAUAGAUGAAAAAACAAAAACUUCCUUAGAAGAAUUGCAGAAAAAAGUAAGACUUCAAUUGAAAGGAAAAAGAUAUUUGAUUGUAUUGGAUGAUGUGUGGAGUGAAGAUAGAGAGGCAUGGGAUAGUUUGAGAUCUAUAUUAGAUUGUGGAUCAAAUGGUGCGUUUGUCCUCACCACAACACGUAAAAAAUAUGUCGCAGAAAUAAUGAAAACGACUCAAUAUUUUGAGUUAUCACCUAUCUCUGACCACGAUUGUUGGUUAUUAUUCGAAGAACGUGCAUUUAUGAAUGAGGCAUCAAAAACUCCAAACUUGAUUGAUAUUGGAAAAGAAAUAGUUAGAAGUUGUAAGGGUGUUCCUUUAGUUUCAAAGACAUUGGGAGGUCAAUUGAGGUUCAAAAGUGAUGAAAAAGAAUGGUGCAUAAUAAGAGACAGUGAGAUAUGGGAGAUGUCCCAAAACGAAAAAUCUUUAUUGCCUAUUCUAAGGCUGAGUUAUUAUGACCUCCCUUAUCAUUUGAGAAGAUGCUUUGCUUAUUGUGCUAUAUUUCCCAAGGACACUAUCAUUCAAAAAGAAAGAUUGAUCCAGAUGUGGAUGGCCCAUGGUUUAAUUCCCACAAAUGAAAAUCAAGAAGUAGAAGAUGUUGGAAAUACAAUCUGGAAUGAGUUGCAUUGGAGAUCUUUUUUUCAAGAAAAUGAAUUAGAUUUGGAAGGACUUCGUACAAUAUGUAAGAUGCACGAUCUUAUGCAUGAUCUUGCCCAAUCUGUAAUGAAAGAGGAAUGCUAUAUAAUUGAUGCUAAGAGCUGCAAUGUCGGUUUUCGACGAGGAAUUUGUCACGUAACAAUAAUGGUUAAGAAAUUUGACAAAGAAAAAUUUGGUUUUCUUAAGGAAAGUGGAGGCUUGCAAUCAAUAGUACACCAUCCCACAAAUUAUGGAAAUGUCUCAAAGGAGAUUUUGAAUGUCCUGAAGGAAUUUCCUUCUUUACGUGUCUUUGAAAUAAGUCGCAAUGUGCAAUAUCAAGAUUUGCGCAAUGUGAGAGGUCUAAAACAUCUCAGAUACUUAAAUCUUUCCGGUAUAAUCAGCGUAACAACAUUGCCUAAUAGUAUUUGUGAUCUCUUGAACUUACAAACUCUGAACCUCAAUUAUUGUUCUAAGCUUGAAAGUUUGCCAAGAAAUCUGAAAGACCUUAUUAACCUGCGGCAUCUUUAUAUAGAGGGUUGUAAUGGAUUAAAAUAUAUGCCUAGAGGGAUGGGGCAAUUGAAACAUCUCAAGACGUUAAGCUUGUUUGUGAUAGGCAAGACGGAAAGAGAGGGUCAACUAGAUGAAUUAAAAGAAUUGGAUAUCGGCGGAUCUUUGGUUAUUAAAAACCUUGAAAGAGUUAGUGAUGCAUCUAUUGCUAAAGGGGUGAGUAUGGCUAGAAAAUCGAGUAUCAAUAAGUUGGAGUUGGAAUGGAAAUCUAAUGAGAAAGUUGAUGAUAAUCAGACCAAUACCAGAUAUGAGGAAAUAGGCGAAGCUCUGGAGGUGUCAACAACAAGUCUUAAGAUAUUGAAAAUGCGCGGUUACAAAGGUGUAAAUCUCCCCAAAUGGGUGGGAAAGUUAUAUGAUUCUUCUCUAACACGCCUUGAGCUUGUAGACUUUGACAAUGUGAAGCACAUAUUUGCCAUCAACAACCUGAAUGGUAUAUCUUUGUUAGAGGAACUUACUGUUGGGGCCAUGAUGAAUUUGAGGGAAUUGGUGUCUCCUAUUCCUGGAAGUACUACUAAUGAAGCAUUUCCUCACCUCUCCACUAUUCAGAUACUCCAUUGCCCAAACCUGCAUAGGGUUCCCCCGUCGCAUUUUAAAUCUCUCAAUGAUCUAACUCUUUGGGGCGAAUGUUGCAAUGAGUUGUUAUAUAGCAUCUCAAAUUUAAGUGGUCUCACUCGACUCUCUCUUAAUCAUAUGGGCGAAAGAAGUGUUUUAUUUCCAGCUGAUAAGGCAUUAAUGGUUGAUCAUGAUAAUAACAAUAUUGAAACACAAGGUGGACGAUCAAGUUUCCAAUCACUUCGUUAUCUGAAAAUUCAUAACUGCGACAAGUUAAUUUGUUUGUUUGAUGAGGGAACGAUAAUUCAAUUCCCUUCGCUACAGAUCCUAAAGAUAUAUAGUUGUCCUAAAUUAGGAGAACUAGGAGGAAGAACAGCUAGAGGUGUCAUGAUGAACUUCAAUUCUCUCAUGGAAUUGCAUAUUAACGAUUGCCCUGAGUUGAUGAUAUCACUGAAGGACCUCGAUAUUAAUUUACUGCAAUAUUUGUAUAUCUCGGAUUGUCCUAAGUUGGUGUCCUCUGAAGAAGCAGAUGAUGUUACCGCACUCCUACGUUCCCUUCGAGCAAGACUUGAUCAGGAGAAAUUCUGUGUAGAUAUCUUAAACGAAGAGGAAGAGCUGAAAGAGGAAUGACAGAGUCAUAGUGGACAUAUAAGCAAAUGUACUUAGAUUAUUUUUCAUAAUUUAAGCUAGAGAAUUCCAGACACCAGCUACUACAAAUGAAUGAGUGUAAUUAUUGUCUGCAUUGUGAUGGUAUUUAUGUUUGCUUCAUAAUGUUUUCGAACUACUUUGUUGAAUUUCAGGUAUGUUAGUUGA